AACUCUCCCAAUACCUUCACAAUCUUCUGCCGUAACCCCUCCAAACUGCCCCCACACAUCCAUUCCCUCUCCCAGCCAUCCUCAUCCUCCUCCUCGUCCCCCGCAAAAAUCCAAAUCAUCACCGGAGAAUUCACCGACCUAUCAGCCCUCACCCGCGCCCUCCACACCGGAGCAACAAUCCUCAUAUCCUUCGCGGGCCCCGCAAUUCCCGCCAAAGGAACCGCGAUAACAGAAUUCUACAAAACGUUAUUUCCUUUAAUAAAACAAGAUUCUCAAACUCGGAUUUCUCGAGUUCUAGUUUUGAGUACGCCUUCGUUUCGAGUGGUCGAAGAUAAAUUUUCUUUGAAAUGGUGGUUGGGGGUUCAGUUUGUUUAUUGGUUAUUUGGGGAUGCGUGGGAGGAGGUUAAUGGGAUUGGGAAGGUUGUGACGGGUUUGAGGGACGAAGAGGAGGACAAGUUAGAGUGGACGGUAUUUCGGGUUCCGGGUUUGACAAAGGCGGCAGCAGGGCCCGUGAGAGCGGGGUUUAUUGGGGAAAGGGGGGAUGGGUUACUUUUGAGUAGGAAGAGUUUGGCAGUGUGGAUUUUGCAGGAGGUAGAGGAGAGGAAGUGGGUGGGGAGGUGUCCGGCGCUUAGUGAUGCUUAA